AGUACCUGCUUACAUCUCACUCCCUUAACAAUAUGCCACCAAAGAAGAUUGAACCAAAGAAACCUGAGCCCAAAAAGCCUGAACCUAAGAAAGAUGCGGCCCCAGCAGCUAAGCCAGCGCCAGCUCCAGAGCCGCAACCUGAGCCACCGAAGGAGCCUCCGUUUGACCCCAAAAGCAUCACUAUUGAGUACUCCUCUGACCAGAUCGAGGAGUUCAAAGAAGCCUUCACCUUAUUCGACCGCACUCCAACUGGAGAAAUGAAGAUCACCUAUGCUCAGUGCGGGGAUGUGAUGCGAGCUCUGGGUCAGAACCCCACCAAUGCAGAUGUGCUUAAGGUGCUUGGAAAACCACGUCCAGAGGACAUGAACAAUAAAAUGUUGGACUUUGAGACUUUCUUGCCAAUGCUGCAGCACAUUUCUCGUGCAAAAGACCAGGGCAACUUUGAGGAUUUCGUCGAGGGGCUCAGGGUUUUUGACAAGGAAGGCAACGGUACCAUCAUGGGAGCAGAGCUGCGCCACGUGCUGGCAACACUUGGAGAGAGGAUGACAGAAGACGAAGUGGACAGAUUGAUGGCGGGACAAGAGGAUGCCAACGGAUGUAUCAAUUAUGCCUCCUUUGUAAAGCACAUUCUUUCUGGUUAACAAGGACAUUYGGCCACAGAGACUUAAAUUUCCAUCCUUUUUCUYUGCCUAUUGGAUUUGUUAUCUAUUUACAGUACAGGAGAUUGUGAACUAAUCAGUAACAUCAUUUUUAUGCUGUCAAAUCUGGAAGUUCCCAGCAAAAUAUGUCAGCUGCAAGACAUAUUUGUUCUACCAUGAAAUAACAGUGAUUCGACAUGGACUUGAAUAAAGAAAAAUCUAAUAAUAAAUAAAAUAUGGUUAUCACUUGUUUCA